AUGGGCUGCUGUUGCUCCAAGCCCCUCGACAAGGGCAAGGGCAAGGCCGAGGGGAUCGUGCUGGAGAAGCGGAUCCCAUACGAUCCGAGCUCGGACUCGGACGUGAUGCCCGCCAAGGAGUAUUGGCCGGCGGCGGGCGAGGCUGGUCCCUCCGACUGGAGGGAUCGCAGAAGACAAGGGAAGCGCCAGGUCAUAGACCAGGCUAACCGCGCCAUCGACCGGCGCAACCGCGACCUUCUCGGUCGAAACACGGACUCCUCGUAUUGA